UUUUCGCGUGAGGCUUAGAAGCCGCUGCUUCUCCACCCGCUAGCAUGUCGGUGGUUUUCGUGCCGGAGAAACUCCGGGGAAAGGCGGAGGUGAACCAAGAGACGUUACAGCGGCUGCUUGAAGAAAAUGACCAGCUGAUUCGAUGUAUUGUGGAAUAUCAGAAUAAAGGAAGAGCUGAAGAAUGUGUGCAACACCAGCACACACUGCACAGAAACCUGAUUUAUUUAGCUACUAUUGCAGAUGCAUCUCCCUCUCCAAAUGCAGGGAAGACUGUUGCAGACUGAUACUGUGCUCCUUGGCACACUUGUGAAUCCUU